AUGGGAGACUACCAGACAGAAACCUCCGGUUCCGCUGGAUCCGGCAUCAAGAUUUCGAUAGACAGAGGUGGGACAUUUACAGAUGUGCAUGCCUCAGUGCCAGGCAAAGACGACAUUAUUCUCAAAGUUCUUUCUGUUGACCCUGCGAACUACAGCGAUGCACCUACAGAGGGUGUUCGACGGAUUCUGGAACUAGUCACGGGGAAGCCGCACCCACGCGGUGAACCUCUUGAUACCAAUCUAAUCGAGAGAAUUCGCAUGGGCACUACUGUCGGAACGAAUGCUUUACUUGAGAGAAAGGGGGCUCGCUCGGCUCUGUUGAUUACCAAGGGUUUCAAGGAUCUCUUGAAGAUUAGCAACCAGUCUCGGCCAAAGAUCUUUGAUCUGACCGUCGCCCGACCAGAGCUCCUCUACCAAUCUGUCAUCGAAGUAGAUGAGCGAAUUACUUUAGAGGGCUAUGCUGAAGACCCCUCGCCAGUGGUAAUCGACACAUCUAACGACGAGACUCUUCAUGUUGGUCUCACCGGCGAGAUCAUUCGGGUGCUGAAAUCACCUGAUCUGAGUGUUGUGAAAGAAUCUUUGAAGAAGCUCUGGGAUGAAGGGUACAGGUCUUUAUCUGUGGUUCUAAUACAUUCAUAUGUGUACCCUGAACAUGAACGUCAAAUUGGGGCUCUUGCUCGAGAAAUGGGAUUCUCCGUCGUCGAAUCUGCCGCCCUGCAGCCCAUGAUCAAGGCUGUUCCGCGAGGAAUGUCUGCGACAGCAGAUGCCUACCUCACGCCAAUCAUUAAAUCCUACAUUCAGUCCAUAUCCGACAGCUUCAAAGGUGGCCUCGCUUCGUCAGACCUUCGUUGCGAAUUUAUGCAGUCUGAUGGAGGACUGGUGGACUUCCGAGGAUUCGGCGGCUUGAGAAGUAUUUUGUCUGGACCUGCAGGAGGCGUUGUUGGCUACGCUCAGACAUCUUGGGAUGCCGAGCAGCGGAAACCAGUUAUCGGCUUCGAUAUGGGUGGAACAUCGACAGAUUGUUCGCGAUUUGCUGGCAUCUAUGAGCAUGUUUUUGAGACUGUCACAGCUGGUAUUACCAUCCAGUCGCCGCAGCUGGAUAUCAUAACGUAA